GUUACGGAUCGUGGCAAGAAUGUUAACUUCGACAUUAAAUGCCAGACAAGAAAAUAACGGUGAAUAUGCAAAGCCACGGGAAAUUGAUUUUAUGAAGUUUUAUUUAUAUUCAAUUUAAUCGUGUUAUUUAUAUUUGAUAGAAUGAUGGAUUGAUAGAAUCAACAUAUUUUAAAUAUAUUAUUUAACUUAUCAUUCGAGUUGUCAAUUUUUGUCAUAGUCACACGGUCAAAAGUAAACAAUCACAAACGGUAGAUGCAUAAAGUGCGUAAUCAGAAAUUAAUUUAAAUGAUAUAUUGAAUUGUUUAAAACUGUGUGGUAUACCGGUGUGGUUAUCAUCAUGACAAAUAUUUGUUGUAUAUGUGGGAAAACGAAAUGUUCGUAUAAAUGUCCUGUUUGUGAAGAAGCUUAUUGUUCCAUAGGUUGCUGUAAGGAGCAUAAACUAAAUAAUUGUCAAUCACUGAAGUCUCAGGAGAACGAAGUUAUAGAAGAUACGAAGGAUAAAAUUAAAUAUGAUUUUCCGACAGAAGACACAGUUCCCAUUGAAAAAUUGAACCAGUUACAUCAUAGUGAAGAAUUAAAGAACUGCUUAAAGAAUCCGCAUGUACGAAAUAUAAUGCGUGCAAUUUUAACAGAUAAGAAUCCAACAAGAGCUAUCGCUUUAGCUAUGACUGAACCAAUAUUUGUAGAAAUGGCAGAUGCUUGUUUGAAAGUUGUUGAACCUGAAGUUAACGAUGAAUUAUGUUAAUAUAUAUAGAUCUAUAUCACAUUAGAACACAUAUGAGGAGAUUACAAUAAAAUAUUUU